AUUAGUGGAUUGCCAGUCGGGUCUCCUUAUCUGCAGCCCUGGAGCAGCACCUGGACAUUAUCGGAUCUAUUGUCAGCAUGGACGGGUUUUCUGGUGGCAUUGAUAUCAAUAUUUUUGAUGGCAACUCCACAGAGAAUGGUUCCGGUGACUUUGAGGAUUUCAUUGAGCCAUGUUUCAUGCAAGAAAACAGUGACUUUAACAGGAUCUUCUUGCCAACAAUCUACUCCUUCAUCUUCCUGCUGGGCAUCAUUGGGAAUGGACUGGUGGUGGUGGUCAUGGGCUAUCAAAAGAAAUCCAGGACCAUGACAGACAAGUAUAGGCUGCACCUUUCUGUCGCUGACCUGCUUUUUGUGUUCACCCUGCCCUUUUGGUCUGUGGAUGCUGCCAUUGGAUGGUACUUUAAAGAGUUCCUUUGUAAGGCUGUCCAUGUCAUUUAUACUGUCAACCUGUACAGCAGCGUUCUCAUUUUGGCAUUCAUCAGCCUCGAUCGCUACUUGGCCAUUGUCCAUGCGACCAACAGCCAAGGCUCACGGAAGAUGCUGGCGGACAAAGUGGUGUACGCUGGCGUGUGGCUGCCAGCCCUUCUGUUGACAGUGCCUGACUUGGUGUUUGCUAGUGUCAGCAAUGAAAAUGGUCAGUUUGUUUGCGACCGCAUUUACCCCAUUGAUAACCGGGAAACAUGGACUGUUGGGUUUAGAUUCCUGCACAUAACUGUUGGCCUUAUCUUGCCUGGUCUGAUCAUUCUGGUCUGUUACUGUGUCAUCAUAUCAAAGCUUUCUCAUUCCAAGGGACACCAGAAGCGCAAAGCCUUAAAGACCACUGUCAUCCUCAUCUUGGCCUUCUUCGCCUGUUGGCUUCCAUAUUAUGUAUGCCUCACUACCGACACAUUCAUGAUGCUUGGGCUGGUGAAGGCAGACUGCAUUUGGGAGAACACCCUACACAAGGCCAUAUCCAUCACAGAAGCUUUAGCCUUCUUCCACUGCUGCCUUAACCCCAUCCUGUAUGCCUUCCUCGGGGCCAAAUUCAAGAAGUCUGCUCAGAACGCAUUCACCUCAGUCAGCAGAGGCUCAAGCUUAAAAAUAUUAUCCAAAAAACGAGCCGGACUUUCUUCUGUCUCAACAGAAUCCGAAUCCUCCAGUUUUCACUCGAGCUAACAGUGCUCGAGGCCCAUGGACAGAUUUUAUAUGAAGCUAAAGACUGAUUUCCAUGUACAUAGUUAAUUUGCCAUAUGGAUUUAUAUUGACUUAUCGUUAAUGACUAUGAGACUUCCUUGCCUUAUUUAUAUGAACCCCCCUUUAUGUGCGUGUGUCUUUAAAGUAGGCAGGCCCUGUGAACUAUUGAUUGGUUCAAAAUACAUUUUAUAUGAAUUCAAAAGUCAGACUGCACAUCAUUCAGAUUCAUCAACCAUCCCAGUGUUAGCCAAUGAGAAAAAUGGAUUCUUCUUUUCUAUUCACUGAUGAAUUAAAUGAGAUCUGUAAUUUCAGCUAUUUUUUCCAGUGUGUUUAUAACUAAAUGUUGCAAUGAUUUGGUAGAUACAAGCUGAUGUUUCUGCUAUUAGUUUAGGAAAUCAAUCAGUGGUAAAGCUGUAGGCGUGUCAGAUAAGUAGAAAGUUGGUUAUUUUAAACUGGAUUAGUCUGAUUAGGUAUAGGGGGCAAAUAAAAGAUUGGUGGGCUGUUUUUAGCUGUUACAGUUCACAGUCUUCCCUGUGGGUGGUGCUUUAAAUAAGCCAAAGUUCUGUGCUGCGCUUAUAAGGUAAAAAGGCAAAUGGGAAUGAUAAUUGAAGAUUUGGAUGAACUGAUUUAGAUAUGUUCCAGUUUCUGACAAUUCUCAGACAAGCUUCUAAGCUUCACAGUAUAAAUUACUCAUGUUACAUUGUAUCCGUAAAGGCACUUAAAACUACAUUAUCAUUUCAUGUUGUGAGACCCACAGAUCUGUAACUUGUAGCACUGCACCUAUUAAGGGACUACCUUUCAUUGUUUGGGCUGUCUGGGCAUGCUAGGAAUUGUAGGUUGUUCCUCAUAAGCCAUGUUAAAGGAGGACACUUUAAUUAAUGUUGUAUAUUUUGUGUUUGUCAAUAAAACCGUACAGAAUUAAA